CGUCUCUACUAAAAAUACAAAAAUUGAAGACCUCCUGUGGAAUCUGAAGAAGCCCUCGCAGAUUUUAAUUCCCACUCUAGAUUCUGAUCACCAUGGCAACCAGACAGAAGUUGAUGAGAGCAGUUAGAGCUUUUGAAUUUGGUGGACCAGAAGUCCUGAAACUGCAGUUGGAUGUUGCAGUACCGAUUCCUAAAGACAAUCAGGUUCUAAUCAAGGUCCAUGCAUGUGGUGUCAAUCCUGUGGAAACAUACAUUCGCUCUGGUACUUAUAGUAGAAAACCACUCUUACCCUAUACUCCUGGCUCAGAUGUGGCUGGGGUGAUAGAAGCAGUUGGAGAUAAUGCAUCUGCUUUCAAGAAAGGUGACAGAGUUUUCACUAGCAGCACGAUCUCUGGGGGCUAUGCAGAGUAUGCUCUUGCAGCAGACCAUACUGUUUACAAACUGCCUGAAAAACUGGACUUUAAACAAGGAGCCGCCGUCGGUAUCCCAUAUUUUACUGCUUAUCGAGCUCUGAUCCACAGUGCCCGUGUGAAAGCUGGAGAAAGUGUUCUAGUUCACGGGGCGAGUGGAGGAGUUGGAUUAGCAGCAUGCCAAAUUGCUAGAGCUUACGGCUUAAAGGUUUUGGGCACUGCUGGCACUGAGGAAGGACAAAAGGUUGUUCUGCAAAAUGGAGCCCAUGAAGUGUUCAAUCACAAAGAAGUUAAUUAUAUUGAUAAAAUUAAGACAUAUAUUGGUGAGAAAGGAAUUGAUGUAAUUAUUGAAAUGUUAGCUAAUGUAAAUCUUAGUAAAGAUUUGAGUCUUCUGUCGCAAGGAGGACGAGUGAUAGUUGUUGGCAACAGAGGUACUAUUGAAAUAAACCCACGGGACAUCAUGAUAAAGGAGUCGAGUAUAAUUGGAGUUACUCUCUUUGCCACAACCAAGGAGGAAUUUCAGCAAUAUGCAGCAGCCCUUCAAGCUGGAAUGGAAAUUGGUUGGUUGAAACCUGUAAUAGGUUCUCAGUAUCCACUGGAGAAGGUGGCUCAGGCUCAUGAAAAUAUCAUUCAUGGCAGUGGGGCUACUGGAAAAAUGAUUCUUCUCUUAUGAUGAUUAAUUAUUUCAUGGAUUUCCUAUGUAAUUAGAGGUAUUGUCUUUCCCCCAGUUGGACUUACCCUAUCUUUUCUUUAAUUAACAUUCAAUUCAGUGAGUUUCUUAUGUGAAAAAAUAAGAUUUUUAUUUGAAGAGCAGAAGCAGAAGAGUAGAAUUCACUGUAUAGCUAGCAAUAUUUUUUAUGCCAUCUGUCUCAAAUCAAGGAGUCAUUAUAGUAGCAAAUAGCAUGUUAGUGGUCAUUUGGCAUGAGGGUGCAUUCCAGUAAUUCUUAAUUGAUGCUUGAUUAAUUCCAUACCUUUGAUUAAAACAUGCUAGUUCACAAUAAGACUGCUCAGUUUCCAAGGGUUUUCAAUCCUACUUACCUUUCUAAAGGUUCUCUAGUCUCUGAUUAGCCAUGACUGUAUUGGACUUUGAAGAUUUUUUUGGACUAAAAAACCUCUCUUCUAAACUAAUCUUUCUUGGAUCUAUAAAUCUUUUGUAAAGGCAAGAAUAAAGAAUGUCCAGGACAAUUCAUUAGUUUUCUCAGGAUUUUCUCAAAUAUUAGAAUAGUCACUUCAUUGUUGGCUAGCUGCCAAUGACUCCAUAUGUUCUGUGAGAACAGGAGCUUUAUCUCUGAUAUAAUACAUAGCCUCCAAAUAGGUAAUACUUCUCAAUUGAUUAGAUUUUCAGAGUAGAUUUAGAGUUAUCUGUUUGUGUGGUGAGGGUCAUAUAUUUUUGUUGAAAAGUUAUCAAAUUUUAUCACAAAUUUGAUAAAUUAAUGAUCUGCAUUUGUCUCAUAACAUAAUGUAUAAUAAAAUCUAUGGAAAAUUAAAAAAAAAA